CCAGCUACAAAACAGAGAUCGAGAUAACUCCAGCGCCACCGGAAGAGCAGACAACAAAGAAGUCCGGCUUUUUUAGUCGGUGGUUCGGUGGUGGCGGAGAUAAGACCACUACCACCACCACACCGUUGCCACCACGAAAUGUGCCAGCCCCCACAUCAUCCCAACCAACGCUGAAUGCACCGCGCGUACAACCCAACAACGCUGGCGUACAAAAACCACCACCAUUUUCCAUUAACCCAAAUGCGCCGCUAAUGCCGCUGGGACCACGUCCUGACACACCUGAGUCUUCGCCCUUCGGUGGCAAUGGCUUGCAGCCACCACAGUGGCCACAGCCCACGCCGCAGUCAUCAGCACAAACUCCAACCACACCAGUCGGUUUGCGUCCAAUAGCCGGCAGCCAGCAGCAACAACGUCCGCAAGCCGUACCGACUGCGACGAAUUUUGGCGGCGCCGGCGGUUAUGGCAAUGCUGGUAAUGUGAAUAAUUUUGGUCGUCCGGGUACCGCACAACCGAAUUUGCCACCUGGUUUUUUACCAUAUCAACCACCUAAAGCCCAGCCAUCUGGUUUGGAUCUUAGCUAUGGCGGUGGCGCACGUCCACAAGGUGGCACAGCCGGACGUCCAGGUUUCGGUUUGGCACCAUUGACCAGCACAACGACUACUACUAGUACCACAACCACGACUACAACAACAACACCAAAACCAAGUCCACCCGGCAGCGCUAUAGGUUUGGAUAUGCGUAAUGGUUUCGGCGGUAUUGGUGUAUCGUCAACGACCACUACACACCGUCCUUCGACAACAAAAGAUGAUUUCCCACCUUUGCCACCACCACGUCGGCCUUCCGUGGGCAAAGAAGACUUCCCAGCAUUACCAACACCACGCACCCCUGGUAGCCCCACACCAGCUUCACCUCUGCGACCUUCCUCCCCUGGAGGUGGCGCACAACCCACACCAACCUUUGCCUGGGGUUCUCCCACACCAGCCUCACCCUCACGUCCAGGUGGCGGCAUCAUAGCACCAGCUUCACCAACGCCAAGCAGUCCCACGCGUCCAGGUACUCCUGGCGCUGGUGGUUCUGGCGUUUCGUUUGUGCCACACGUUCCCGGUCUCCCAACUACAGCAAAACCUGGUGCGGAGAGUAGUUCCAGCGGUAGCUCAGUUGCUAGCGAUGACGAAAUACGCGCUCUAACUGAGCAGCUGUAUGCUAAAGAGCAGAGCUUGUUAAAUUUGGUACAUAUCAAUCCACAGGGCAAGACAAGGUCGAUUGAUAGCACGGACGAGGCGCCGAAUCCUCUCUUCGAAGUCGAACCUCGCGCCUAUGAUUCGCCGACAGUCGCUAAAAUGCGUGCACUUUUCGAUAACUACGAAGAGGAUACUCUGGCCAAUGAACAUGUGACCGUCAAUGAGCGUCGCGAAGAGAAUGAGUUCGUCGAUGCAGUAAUGGGCACACAGGUCAUGCGUCAGGCCAUGCUCUUCUUGCAAAACAAAGGCAUUGUAACACCCGAUCCCAAGACCCACCGCGAUCUCGUUAAAGAGCUUUGGUUUACACAGUACUCACGUGGACAGGGCCGCAUUGGCAGUUCGGGCUUUGAACAUGUCUUCGUGCACGAAGUAAAGAAUGGCACGCUGAUUGGUUUACACAACUGGGUGUAUUUCGCAGACGAGGAGAAAGCAGGCCGCCUGGACUAUAAGGGCUAUCUGCAUCAAAUCGAUUUGGGCAAUAAAGCUAAGGUCCUGAAAGUACGCUUCAGUCAUAAAGGUGUCAAUAAACCAGUUAAUGGUGUCUUUGCUGGCACGUCACCCGAAUUGGAACUGGCUCUCUAUACAGUAUGCUUCCAGCUGCGCCCCGAUCGCACGUGUCCUGUAUCACUAGGCAACCAGCGCUUCGGCAUUGUCACCUACACCUGGCGUUAUCGCGGCAAGCAUCUGAUUGGCAGCGCCUUCCCCGAAAUAUAAGGACGUUCGUGAGAGUCUAAUGAGAUUUAUAAUCUUACAUUUGUACGAAAAUGAGAUUUAAAGUGUAGUUUAAUUAGAAGAAACAAAUAAACCCAAAAAUAUAUAUUUUAUAAAAA